UCCUCAGCUGGAGGAUCUGCGUGUUCUUCUGAUCGGAGGCUGAGAGCAUUCCCAGUAGCAGGGAAGGUGUGAUCUCUGAGGACGGUGAUGAAUGGAUGAAAUCCGAGGCGUGAUGUUGCCGUGGCCGCGGUGCGUCUGCUGAACCAGCGUUUUCUGUCUAACUCAUAGGGGGAGAGAAAGAGAGGUGUUGUGUGUCUUUCACUCCCUACAGCCUGAUUCUGAUCCAUUUAUGCUGGGACGGGUUAAUUCUGGGUGAAAACUUAAAGUGGACCUUUCUGCAGAGGAUUUGAUCUGUUUGCUCUUCGUGUUUCUGGAGUUUUAUAUUCUGAAGUUUCUCCGUGGAGUUUCUCCUUCAUGCCUCUGCGGGCUGAUCCCGUCUGAUUCCCUCAGCGUUCCCCCUGGAGUUUCUUCAUGGAGCUUCAGAGCGCCACCGCCGCCCUUCCCAGCUCCCUCUCAUCCCUUUCUCCCACCUCAGACUACGCCGGGCCGUUGUCCCCAGGCAUCCCUGGGCCGUCCCAUUCUGCCGGUCCGGGCCGGGUUCCGAGCCCCAGCCUCAGUCCCAUCAGAGGGUCCAGUCCGGGGCCUGGACAGGCUGCCUUUAACUACAACCAGCUGGAAGGACGCUUCAAACAGCUCCAAGAUGAGCGUGAAGCAGUGCAGAAGAAGACCUUCACCAAGUGGGUCAACUCUCACCUGUCCAGAGUUUCUUGUCGGAUCACAGACCUCUACAUGGACCUGAGGGAUGGACGGAUGCUCAUCAAGCUGCUGGAAGUCCUGUCAGGAGAAAGACUGCCCAAACCCACAAAGGGCCGGAUGAGGAUCCACUGUCUAGAAAAUGUGGACAAAGCCCUGCAGUUCCUGAAAGAACAAAGGGUCCACCUGGAGAACAUGGGCUCCCACGACAUCGUGGACGGGAACCACCGCCUGACGCUGGGCCUCAUCUGGACCAUCAUCCUCCGCUUCCAGAUUCAGGACAUCAGUGUGGAGACAGAGGACAACAAGGAGAAGAAGUCUGCUAAAGAUGCUCUGCUCCUCUGGUGUCAGAUGAAGAGUGCAGGGUAUCCCAACGUCAACAUCCACAACUUCACCACCAGCUGGAGAGACGGGAUGGCCUUCAACGCUCUGAUCCACAAACACAGACCCGAUUUGAUCGACUUCGACAAGCUGAAGAAGUCCAACGCCCACUACAACCUGCAGAAUGCCUUCAACCUGGCAGAGCAGCACCUGGGCCUCACCAAGCUGCUGGACCCUGAAGACAUCAGCGUAGAGCAUCCUGAUGAGAAGUCCAUCAUCACCUAUGUGGUCACCUAUUACCACUAUUUCUCCAAGAUGAAGGCGCUGAAGGUGGAGGGGAAGAGGAUCGGAAAGGUUCUAGAUAAUGCCAUCGAGACAGAGAAAAUGAUCGAGAAGUACGAGUCUCUGGCGUCGGACCUGCUGGAGUGGAUCGAACAGACCAUCAUCAUCCUCAACAACAGGAAGUUUGCCAACUCUCUGGUGGGAGUCCAGCAGCAGCUGCAGGCCUUCAACACGUACCGCACCGUGGAGAAACCACCAAAGUUUACAGAGAAGGGGAACCUGGAGGUUCUCCUCUUCACCAUCCAGAGUAAGAUGAGAGCCAACAAUCAGAAGGUCUACAUCCCCCGAGAGGGCAAACUCAUCUCUGACAUCAACAAGGCAUGGGAGCGUCUGGAGAAGGCGGAGCACGAGCGGGAGCUAGCUCUGAGGACGGAGCUGAUUCGUCAGGAGAAACUGGAGCAGCUCGCCCGCCGAUUCGACCGAAAGGCCGCGAUGAGGGAGACGUGGCUGAGUGAGAACCAGAGGCUGGUCUCGCAGGAUAAUUUUGGAUUUGACCUCCAGGCAGUUGAAGCUGCCACAAAGAAACAUGAAGCCAUAGAAACAGACAUCGCAGCGUACGAGGAGCGGGUUCAGGCGGUGGUUGCCGUGGCGAAGGAGCUGGAGGCGGAGAGUUACCAUGACAUCAAGCGCAUCACGGCCAGGAAGGACAAUGUGAUCCGUCUCUGGGAGUACCUGCUGGAGCUGCUGAAGGCCCGGCGCCACAGGCUGGAGCUGAACCUGGGCCUGCAGAGAGUCUUCCAGGAGAUGCUCUACAUCAUGGACUGGAUGGAUGAGAUGAAGAUGCUACUACUGUCUCAGGAUUAUGGCAAACACCUGCUGGGUGUGGAGGACUUGCUGCAGAAACACGCUCUGGUGGAGGCUGACAUCGCCAUCCAGGCCGACCGAGUCCGAAACGUCAACCGCAACGCUCAGAAGUUUGCCAGCGACUCAGACGGUUAUAAACCCUGCGACCCGCAGAUCAUUAGGGACCGCGUGGCUCACAUGGAGUUCUGCUACCAGGAGUUGAAGCAGCUGGCCGCUGAACGCCGAGCUCGCCUUGAGGAAUCCCGCCGACUCUGGAAGUUCUUCUGGGAGAUGGCUGAAGAGGAGGGAUGGAUCAGGGAGAAGGAGCAGAUCCUGUCCUCCGAGGAUUAUGGGAAGGACCUCACGGGAACUGUGCGACUGCUCAGUCAGCACAAAGCCUUUGAAGACGAGAUGAGCGGGCGCGCCGCCCACCUGCAGCAGACCAUCCGCCAGGGGGAGGAGCUAGUGGCCGACCAGCACUUCGGCGCCGACAAGAUCAGGGAGCGGAUCCAGGACAUCCAGGAGCAGUGGGCGGCUCUGGAGCACCUGUCUGCUGUAAGAAAAGCUCGUCUGCAAGAGGCCUGCAACCAGCACCAGUUCCAGGCUGAUGCAGAUGACAUUGACACGUGGAUGCUGGACGUUCUGCGCAUCGUCUCCAGUGUCGACGUCGGCCAUGAUGAGUUCUCAGCUCAGGCUUUGGUGAAGAAACACAAAGAUGUUGCAGAGGAGAUCAGCAGCUACCGACCUGUCGUUGAAGCUCUGCAUGAACAGGCCCAGAUGCUGCCGCCAGAGAAGGCCAACUCUGAGGAGGUCCAAAACCGGCUGGCGGGCAUUGAGGAGCGCUACAAGGAGGUGGUGGAACUGACCCGGCUCAGGAAGCAGGCCCUGCAGGACGCCUUGGCGCUCUACAAGAUGCUGAGUGAAGCCAGCGCCUGUGAGCUGUGGGUCGACGAGAAGGAGCAGUGGCUGAACAGCAUGGAGAUCCCAGAGAAACUGGAAGACCUGGAGGUCAUCCAGCACCGGUUCGACAGUCUGGAGCCGGAGAUGAACAACCAGGCCUCCCGGGUUGCUGUGGUGAACCAGGUGGCCAGGCAGCUGAUCCACAGUGGACACCCCAAUGAGAAGGAGAUCAAAGCCCAGCAGGACAAACUCAACACCAGGUGGAGUCAGUUCAGAGACCUGGUGGACCAGAAGAAGGAGAACUUGAACUCAGCUCUGGGAGUCCAGAACUACCACCUGGAGUGUAACGAGACCAAGUCCUGGAUCAAAGAGAAGACCAAGGUGAUUGAGUCCACCCAGGAGCUGGGGAAUGAUCUGGCCGGAGUCAUGGCUUUGCAAAGGAAGUUGACGGGGAUGGAGCGGGACCUGGUAGCCAUCGAGGACAAGCUGAAAGACUUGGAGAAAGAGGCAAACCGUUUGGCAUCCGAACACCCGGAGCAGUCUGAGGCGAUUAAAGGGCGCCUGGCUGAGAUCACGGCCGUCUGGGACGAGAUGAAGGGCACGUUGAAGAACCGUGAGGAGUCCCUGGGUGAGGCAAGCAAGCUGCAGCAGUUUCUGCGAGAGUUGGACGACUUCCAGUCGUGGUUGUCUCGGACGCAGACCGCCAUCGCCUCCGAGGACAUGCCCAACACGCUGGCGGAGGCCGAGAAGCUGCUGGCCCAGCACGAGAACAUCAAGAAUGAGAUCCGCAACUAUGAAGAAGACUACCAGAAGAUGCGGGACAUGGGCGAAAUGGUGACGCAAGGCCAAACGGACGCUCAGUACAUGUUCCUGAGGCAGCGGCUUCAGGCACUCGACACAGGCUGGAUCGAGCUGCACAAGAUGUGGGAGAACCGACAGAGCUUGCUGUCCCAGUCCCACGCUUACCAGCUGUUCCUGAGGGACACCAAGCAGGCCGAGGCCUUCCUCAACAACCAGGAGUACGUCCUGGCUCACACCGAGAUGCCCACCACCCUGGAAGGGGCUGAGGCCGCCAUCAAGAAGCAGGAAGACUUCAUGACCACAAUGGAUGCCAAUGAGGAGAAGAUCAGCGGUGUGGUCGACACUGGACGCCGUCUGGUCGCCGACGGCAAUAUCAAUGCUGAGCGCAUCCAGGAGAAGGUGGACUCUAUCGACCAGAGACACAAGAAGAACCGACAGGCAGCAAAAGAUCUGCUGAUGAGGCUGAAGGACAACAGGGACCUGCAGAAGUUCCUGCAGGACUGCCAGGAGCUGUCGCUGUGGAUCAACGAGAAGAUGCUGACAGCUCAGGACAUGACGUACGAUGGGGCCAGGAACCUCCACAGCAAGUGGCUCAAACACCAGGCCUUCAUGGCGGAGCUGCAGUCCAACAAGGAGUGGCUCGAGAAGAUUGAAAAGGACGGCCAGGCGCUGGCGGCAGAGAAACCAGAGACGAAGGUCAUGGUGAAAGAGAAGCUGGCGUCCCUGAAGACCAUGUGGGACGACCUGGAGUCGACCACCCAGACCAAGGCCAAGUGUCUGUUCGACGCCAACAAGGCCGAGCUGUUCACGCAGAGCUGCGCCGACCUGGACAAGUGGCUGACGAGCCUGGAUGGGCAGCUUCAGUCCGAUGACUUUGGCAAAGACCUGACCUCCGUUAACAUCAUGCUGAAGAAGCAGCAGAUGCUGGAGAGCCAGGUGGAGGUGCGUCAGAAGGAGGUGGAGGAGCUUCAGAAACAGUCUCAGGCCCUCAGCCAGGAGGGAAAAGGCUCAGACGAGGUAGACGGGAAGAGGAUCAGCGUGGAGAACAAGUUCCAGGCGCUUCUGGAGCCGCUGCAGAUGAGACGGGACAACCUGAUGGCCUCUCGUGAGAUCCACCAGUUCAACAGAGACGUGGAGGAUGAGAUCCUCUGGGUGGAGGAGAGGAUGCCUAUGGCCACAUCCACAGAUCAUGGACACAACCUGCAGACUGUUCAGCUGCUCAUCAAGAAGAACCAGACAUUGCAGAAGGAGAUCCAGGGACACCAGCCUCGAUACGAUGACAUCUUCGAGCGGAGCCAGCACGUUUUGAGGGCCGGCAGCCCCACCGCCGAGCCCAUCCGCCAGAGGCUCACCGAGCUCCAGACUCUGUGGGAUCAGAUCAAGAAGGAGACGGAGAAGCGGCAUUCCCGGCUGAGCGAGGCCCAUUUGGCCCAGCAGUACUACUUCGACGCUGCCGAGGCUGAGGCCUGGAUGAGCGAACAGGAGCUGUACAUGAUGUCGGAGGAGAAGGCCAAGGAUGAGCAGAGCUCCGUGGCCAUGCUGAAGAAGCAUCAGAUCCUGGAGCAGGCCGUGGAGGACUACGCCGACACCGUUCACCAGCUGUCCAGCACCAGCCGAGGCCUGGUGGCUGCAAGUCACCCUGACAGCGAGCGCAUCGGCAUGCGUCAGUCUCAGGUGGAUAAGCUGUACGCCGGCCUGAAGGAUCUGGCUGAGGAACGGCGAGGGAAGCUGGACGAACGUUUCCGACUCUUCCAGCUUAACAGGGAGGUGGAUGACUUGGAGCAGUGGAUUGCAGAGAGGGAGGUGGUGGCCGGGUCUCAUGAACUGGGACAGGACUACGAGCACGUCACGAUGCUGCAGGAACGUUUCCGAGAAUUCGCCCGGGACACUGGGAACAUUGGGCAGGAGCGCGUGGAUGGCGUGAACAAGCUGGCAGAUGAGCUAAUCAACGCGGGCCACGGGGACGCCGCCACCAUCGCCGAGUGGAAAGACGGCCUGAACGAGGCCUGGGCCGACCUCCUGGAGCUCAUCGACACACGCACGCAGAUCCUCGCCGCCUCCUACGAGCUCCACAAGUUCUACCACGACGCCAAGGAGAUCCUAAACCGCAUCCUGGACAAACACAAGAAGCUCCCGGAGGAGCUAGGCCGGGACCAGAACACGGUGGAGACCCUGCAGAGGAUGCACACCACCUUUGAACACAACAUUCAGGCUCUGGGAACGCAGGUCCGACAGCUUCAGGAAGACGCCGUCCGUCUGCAGUCGGCGUACGCCGGAGACAAAGCUGAUGACAUUCAGAAGAGGGAAGGAGAGGUCCUGGAAGCCUGGAAGAACCUGCUGGAGGCGGCGGAGGGCCGACGGGUGAAGCUGGUCGACACGGCAGACAAGUUCCGCUUCUUCAGCAUGGUGCGGGACCUGAUGCUGUGGAUGGAGGACGUGAUCCGGCUGAUCGAGGCUCAGGAGAAGCCCAGGGACGUGUCGUCGGUGGAGCUGCUGAUGAACAACCAUCAGGGCAUCAAGGCGGAGAUCGACGCCCGUAACGACAGCUUCACGGCCUGCAUCGAGCUGGGGAAGGCGCUGCUGGCCCGGAAACACUACUCUUCAGAGGAGAUUAAAGAGAAGUUGCUACAGCUGACAGACAAGAGGAAAGAGAUGAUUGAUAAGUGGGAGGACCGAUGGGAGUGGCUCAGAUUGGUCCUGGAGGUGCACCAGUUCUCCCGGGACGCGGGCGUGGCGGAGGCGUGGCUGCUGGGGCAGGAGCCCUACCUGUCCAGCCGGGAGAUGGGGCAGAGCGUGGACCAGGUGGAGAAGCUCAUCAAACGCCACGAGGCCUUCGAGAAGUCUGCCGCCACCUGGGAGGAGCGCUUCGCUGCGCUGGAAAGGCUGACCACGAUGGAGUUACUGGAAGUAAGAAGAAGGCAGGAGGAAGAGGAGAGGAAGAGGCAACCAGCCGGAGCUCAGGCUGCUGAAGCUGCCGCUCAGAACAGAGAGGGCGAGCCGGUGUCCCAGAACGGGCUGCCGUCCGAGCAGGAGUCCCCCAGGGAGAACGUGGAUGGGGGCGAGGUGGUGAACGGGGUCUCAGAGCCCAGCCCGUCAGGGUCUCCUGGCGCCUCCCGCAAAGGCAAACCCAGCCAGGCGGCGACGCUGCCAGCUAAAAGCCAACAGGAUGCCCCCACGUCGCAGAUGGAGGACUUCCUGCAUCGUAAACAUGAGUGGGAGGGCCACAACAAGAAGGCUUCUAACAGGUCAUGGCACAACGUGUACUGUGUGAUCAACCAGCAGGAGAUGGGAUUCUACAAGGACCAGAAGAGUGCCAGUCAGGGCAUUCCUUACCACAGCGAGAUUCCCAUCAGCCUGAAGGACGCGGUGUGUGAGGUCGCUGUGGACUACAAGAAGAAGAAACACGUCUUCAAGCUCAAGAUCACUGAUGGGAACGAGUAUCUCUUCCAAGCCAAAGAUGACGAUGAGAUGAACUCCUGGAUCUCAACCAUCUCUGCCGCCGUGGUGGGCACCAAGUCGGAGGUCACGCCCAGCAGCCACAGCCCGCCGGGCCCCGCCGCACGUGCUCAGACGCUGCCGGCGACCGUGGCAGCAACGACUGCGGAGUCGAGUCCCGGCAAACGGGAGAAAGACAAGGAGAAACGCUUCAGUCUGUUCAGCAAAAAGAAAUAGACGCUCCUCGUUCCUUUCUUUCUCUCUUCCCUCCUUCCUUUCUUAUUCACGCGGUGCUGUUUGGGAUCGCUCCUUGUUAUCCAUCGAUCUUUGGUCCGAUUUCCUCAUUUAUUGACCAGAUAAUCGGUUCUGGGUCUCAUAGCGGCUGCUCAGAAUGUAGUUCUGUUUGUUUAAUCCAUCCUGAUGAUGUAACAUUAAAAAAUAACAGUCACUCCUAACAUUUACCUGCUCCUCCAGCUUCCUGCAGCUUGCUACGUCAGAUCUGAUCCCAAACAGCCCCUCUUCCUCCCCAUCUUUUGUCCUCCUCUUCCUCUCAAAGCGUGACUCCAGCAUGCCAGCUCCGAGCCAAAACUCUCCACUCUGUGCCUCUCAACCGUCCGGUCGGCUCAGAGCUUCAGUUUAGCUGUAAACGGCCCGCCUGCAUCCUGGCCUCGGAUCCGAAGCGGGAACCAUUUAAAGGAGGGACAGAACCACCGUUAAACGCUUCAGGCAGCUGCUGUCCUACAGAUACAAUCAUCAUGUGGAGGAAUUCCCAGUUUGUUUUUCUUACUGCUGUUUCUCGUCCAGCUUUUUCUGUUGAAUUCUGCCUUUUGUGGGUCGUGUUUACGCUCCCCGGUUUUCCCUGGAAGUUGUAGGUAGCUCCUGUUUGGGUCCGCCCUCAGUCCUUUUUGCGAGGCCUUGUCUUUGCAAGAUGCCGUGUAUCCCUGUGUAGUGGGGAAUCUGGGAGCAGGGCUGGAUACAGCUCUGGAUUUCACCUGGAAUCUGCAGAGUUUGUUGCACUGAAUGGUUCUGUGUUUCUGCUGGCUGGUUUUGUGCAAUAAGCAGCAGCUCGGGUGCAGUCUAAUUCCUGCAGCAGAACAGAGCAGCCAGAGUCUGAUCCAGAGCGUUACCCGGCCCUGCUUCCAACUGUAUGUAUAACUUGUGUAUAACAAACUGUUUAAAAUAAACCUGUGUUUAAUUUCUUCACUUAUUAGAACUAAUAAUAUGACCAACCGUGAUAAGCUUCAGUGAUUUAAACUUUCUUUAUGUGAGAACAAAAACCUGAAUAAAGGAGGAAUCCAGAACCGAGA